AUGAAUGACCCCGGCCUCGACGAUGCCAUCGCUGAUGAGGCCAACGCCCUCGAUCAUACUACAUCCUAUGAUGAAGAGAAUGAUACUCGGGAGGUGGACGCUCAUCAUCCGCACGCAGCGCGAUGGUGGCUUGCGAGUACAGCAUACCCAUUGGCCGCCGGAACAUUCGGGCCAAUGUCCAGCGCCUUCAGUAUCUGCUCGCUAUCACAAACAUGGCGCAUGGAAAUACUUCCCGGUGGUGGAGAGCGAGAUAUUACUGAUCCAAAAUGGGUGACCGCCCUCAAUGCAGUCUCUCUAGUGUUUGCGCUCAUUGCAAACCUGGCUCUUUCGUUGAACAUGGCACGACGCAUCCGAUUCGGCGUCGCCCAGCCGAUUAUUAUUAUCGGAUGGUACAUAUCAUCCUUUCUGCUACUGGGCAUCUUGAUUGGCUUGGGAGUGCUCAUGUACCUACCGGAAAAUGCUGGACACGUGUAUACGCAAGCGUACUUCUACGGGACAUUUGCUGCUGGGCUCUACUUCAUUAUCGCAUCCUUGCUGGUGGUCACUGCGUGGGGUGCUCACAAGGGCCAUUACAGUCGGGAGUACAAGUUGACCACCAGCCAACGAACUUUGAUGCUACAAACCAUCAUCCUGUUCAUCUACCUUCUAGGAGGUUCAGCAGUCUACGCCAGAAUCGAAGGCUGGAAGUUCAUGGACGCGGUGUAUUGGGCUGAUUACACUCUCCUCACAAUUGGUGUCGGGAACUUUGUUCCAAUUACCCAUCUAGGACGUGGGCUGCUCUUUCCUUAUGCAGUUGGGGGCAUUGUGAUUCUUGGUCUCAUCAUCUCCUCCAUCCGAACGCUCAUGUUGGAGCAUGGACGACAAAGGAUCGCCGACCUUUUGACCGCACACACCCACAAAUUCUUGGUUAAGCAGGCGUUUUCCAAACACAGCAAUCGCCUUGUGCCGAAUCUACGCGUUGACGGACAUGAGACCAACGAGCUUAGUGAUCGCGAGAGACAGAAGCGCGAGUUCAUUACCAUGCGGCGCGUUCGACAACUAGCAACAGUGCAGCACAAGUGGAUCUCGCUGAUCACGUCUCUGGUGGUGUGGAUGGCAUUAUGGCUUAUUGGUGCAGCCAUUUUUUGGCGUUCCGAGGAUCAUCGUCAUUGGACUUACUUUGAAGCUCUCUAUUUCGCCUACACGACACUGCUUACCAUCGGUUUCGGCGACUUCUACCCAGUCAGCAGUCUAGGCAAAGCAUUCUUCGUCUUUUGGUCUCUGCUUGCGGUCCCAACCAUCACAAUUCUCAUCUCCAACAUCAGCGACACCCUCAUCCGCUUUGUCAAGGAUAUUACUCUAUUCAUCGGUGAAAUCACGAUUCUACCUGGCGAUGAACCCUUCCACGAUCGGAUCAAAGCUUUGUUCCAUAUUUCUUGGAGAGAAAAAUGGGUCCAAGAAACCGUGGGCGAGAAGAACGCCUCUCAAGAUGACGUUAGCGACACGGGCGACCACACUGAUCGAAAUAAUUUCCACGCGCACCGCCACGCCGUCGAAGCCGAGGAACACAAGAAAGAAGAAUCCGCCCGGCGCCGCGGCGACAUCGCGGCCGAAAACGUGCACCACUACCACUAUCUACUUUUCCAAGAGAUUCGCAAAAUGAUGGAACUCGCUUCCAAAAACCUGUCGAAGGAGUUCGACUAUCUUGAGUGGGAAUACUAUCUGGGUCUUAUCUCGGGACAGCACAAGCCUGCAUUUGAGUCUAGUACAGCGCAGGCUAAGGAAGAUGUGAAACGGCAGAAGCAAUUCCUGGAUUGGAGUUGGAUUGAUAAGAAGAAUCCGUUGUUGGGGGAGAAGAGUGAGGUUGAGUGGUUGUUGAAUGCGUUAACGGAGGUUUUGGAGAGGGAGUUGAGGACUGCUAGUCGGGAUUAUCAUUCGCCGGAGGAGGGGGAUGAAGGGGAUAGCAGUGCUGUUGUUCCCGGGGAUGAAGGUGGUGAGGGUCUUGAGUCUGGAAGUGCCAGGGAGGAGUGA